ACCUCAAUUGUGCAACCAAUCAUUCAUGUUGGCACCCCAAGGCGGCGGCCCGUCCCAGGACGAGCUGAAGCGAGUCGCCGCCCACCGCGCCGUGGAACUGGUGCGCUCCGGCAUGGUUCUCGGCCUCGGCACCGGAUCCACCGCCGUGCACGCCCUCGACCGCAUCGGCGCCCUCCUCCGUACUGGCCACCUCCGCGACGUCGUGGGCAUCCCCACCUCCGAGUGGGCCGCCGCCAGCGCCGCGGCCGCCGGCAUCCCCCUCACCGACCUCAACACCCACCCGGUCGUCGACCUGUCCAUCGACGGCGCCGACGAGGUCGAUCCGGCCCUCAACCUCGUCAAGGGCCGCGGCGGGUCCCUCCUCCGCGAGAAGAUGGUUGAGGGCGCCAGCCGCCGCUUCGUCGUCAUCGUCGACGAGUCCAAGCUCGUCCCCCGCCUCGGAGUCAGCGGCCUCGCCGUUCCCGUUGAGGUCAUCCCCUUCGGCUGGUCCCUCACCCUCCGCCGCCUCCGGACCCUCUUCGAUGGCGUGCCCGGCUUCAACAUCAAGCUCAGGACCGCCGCCACGAACGCCAAAGCCAGCGCGUUCGACGAAAGCGAGUCCAAAUCGGAACCUUUCGUGACGGAUAACAAGAACUAUAUCGUGGAUCUGUUCUUCGAGGAUGGGAUCCAUGGGGAUCUAAAUCUGAUCAGUGACGAGAUCCUUAGGAUCACCGGGGUGAUCGAGCACGGGAUGUUCCUCGGAUUGGCAUCGUCCGUGAUCAUAGCCAGGAAGGAUGGGGUGGUGGUGGUCGACAAGGCUGCGAAGGUUAAUGGUAUGUGAGAACAAGUAAAUGAUUUUUGGGUAGUCUAAUUAUAUAUGUUGACUUUAUAUCUACAUUUUUUUCUUCCUCCCAUCAUGAGUACUACUACUACUAUGUAAGUUUCUGCAGGGCAGAUAUUAGACAUAUGAAUUCUCUCCAUGAGUUACAUGGUCAAAAUUGAUAAGAUCUUGUCGCAAAAUUCUUCUUUU